GCUGUCGAUCAAAGAGUGUUUAUAGUGAACAUUAUGUGUUUGUUCGUGGUCUGACACUUGCCUUGUCGAACUAUUAAUGUAUCUGUGUAAACAGCAAAAUUGGAGAAAAAGCUUACUGGCCUUAGUUGGACGUAGUGUGGUGACGUCUAGCCUGUCUGAACUACGGUUCGUGAACUGCAGACAUAAUCACUGUAACGUAGGCAACAGACUAGCAUAGCUCACCAGUGUUAUCCAACAAAAACGAAUGUGAAGAGCAUGAUUUAUGAAUAUUAGCUAACACUAUUUGUUGGACAAUUGAAAAGUGGAAGAAGUGGUGAAAAAGUUAUUUAAUCUCUACAUAGGUCUUAGGUUUAAUUGCUGUUGAUAUAAAUCGUAAUUAGCAGGCUAUUGAUGAAUGAUCAUGAAACCAUAAGGGCAAAAGGUUACAGAGGAGGUUGUUAACUUGAAGACUUGAGUGAUAAUAAUAAUAAAAAAAAACCACCAAAAACUGGAAGAGCUGUCUAGACGUAUGAUGUCAUAUACACAGUUUGGAUAUGGAACUUAUCCUUCACCUGUCCAGCUGAUUGGAAAUUCAGGGCAGACAACUCCGGCGUGUUGUGAUGGCACAUGGACAGGUUUGACGGCGGACAAUUCAUCGCCUGCAGCUGCGGCUGUUUGCCCGUUACCAUCAGCUUAUGACUCCCGUUUGAUUUCGUCUUACCCACAACUGGCGCCGGGAAUUGCAGGAUCCCCAAGGCUGUACAAUGUGACACCGUGCACAUCAGAUCAGAGCAGCUACGGCGUUAUUCCCAGACUAAACACUCCAGCAUUCUGUCCGGCAACAGCAUUAAAUCCGGCGUAUCCACCCAAAGAUGUAACGGAUCCAUGGCGAGUACAAACUGCAUAUUACUACGACCCCACGUUGUCUGGAUAUAGGUACGGAGAUUUGGACUUCAACGGAGCACGACGGAAGAACGUGACACGAGACUCUACUAGCACUCUCAAGGCCUGGCUGAAUGAACACAGGAAGAAUCCCUACCCCACCAAGGGAGAGAAAAUCAUGCUGGCUAUCAUCACCAAGAUGACAUUGACACAAGUGUCCACGUGGUUUGCUAAUGCCCGUAGACGGCUGAAAAAAGACAACAAGAUGACCUGGGAGCCCAGAACUAAAAAUGAAACAGAUAUAGAAGAUAAUGACAAUGAUAAAAGCGAGGACGUCAGCGAUGAAGAAUUAGUGAAAAAUAUACGUAAUCGUAAUGAUGAAGAAGAAAAUAAUCGUGAAGAUGAGAUAGUGGAUAUAAAUGAAAAUAUUUCUAAGACAGCUGGAAAAGAAGUAGGUGAUUCGAUUGAGACGUACAACUGUAGUGAAACCGUAUGGGAGGAGCUUGCUAACCAGCAAUUAAGCUCAGAAGAAGAGAGAACACGUGAAGCAGCCAACCGAGAAGAUUACUCUGCUGAUAAUGAUAGCCUUACUUAUAAGGUAUCUGACCCUCAUAUCUCUUCUGAGUCCAAUCCCAGUUGCAAGCCCUGUUCGGCUAACGUAACCACCAGUUUUACUUCAGCUGUGUCAUCGGAGAGUCCAUCUCCGAACCUAUCUGCCCUCGUACAUCCUGCAGAAAUCCCUCACGAGGGAGAUACAGACAAUAGAGUCAAGCGUUCUCCUACGAGUAAACCUAGGAUCUGGUCUCUUGCGGACACAGCCACAAGCAAAACUCCUGUACCAUCUCAUGAAGAGUCUCCUGGUUUGGAAGAUUCACAUAGCCACUAUAUUUCCAGUGUUUCAGCAACUGAAAGCCGCUCUAGAAUACGGAUAACUAGCUAUGGUCACCCAGCUCCUAAUUCGACAGUAAGCAGACUUGUCACUAACGGGUAUUAUCAGGAAUUCAGCUCCUACGGUGGGCUGCCAAGUUCAGGCUUCAACGGAACCAACCCUACCCACAUAUUCAACCCCAUACCCCCACCAGCUGACACCCCUCCUCAAACUCCCCCAAAUUUAGCCUUAUCUUUGCAGCUGGGAUCAUCUCUUCCUGCCAAUUUCAUUGGUCCACAAUACAGCUAUUUUGGACAGUCAGCGCACCACAGUGGUCGUUUCUCUCAAACUGGACCAGAGAAACCUUCAUCUACGUUCGCUGGAAACUUUAGGAGUUCAAUGAUUCGUCCAUUUCCUGGUACAUUUUCAACCGCAAACCAAUCGGAAGGAAAUCAUGGAUAUAUUGUACCAUCCGUAUAAACUGUACACAACCUGAUUUACAAUGAUAAGGUCGAAAAUGUGAGACACUAAAUGUUAACAUUAUAAUGUUCAGUUUCUGUUUAGAUGCGAGAACUUCAAAUGGAAAAGUAUUUGAGAUAUAGAGAACUUUGUCAACGGAAGAACUGACUAUUUACUAAUUAACUGGUGCAUGGGGAAAAUAACCCCAAUGCGUGUGGCAUACAGAAAAAAAAAAUAUGGUUUUAAUUAGUUUGGAGAAGACACUUUUCCAAAACGAAGUGAUUUGGAAGUCAUCUCAUUUUUAUGAAGUUAUGCUGGCUGAAACGAGGAUAAGUUCAAAACCUUUCAUAUUUACACCAGAUGUUUUACCCUCUACCACAUUUUUACAUGGGACAAAAACUUAUUUACCAGAAGAUAUCAUAUUAGAGAAAUAUUUUCGCCUUCGUCCAUCAUUUGAUGGUUAAUCAUCUAGGAAUGGUCCUAAUUUUUGUUUGGUGAUGAAACAUAGGAUAGUAUGCUGUCAGAAUAUAUAUAUAUUAUAAUAAUGCGCUUAGUGUUGGUGAUAGCUAUCUAGAAAAUAUCUUCAUUUUGCUCUAGUAAUGAUGAUAUAGCUUAUCAGAGACAUCCCACAAUAAAAAUGAUACUUAGAGAAUAGAUUUACAUUAUCAAGAUAAAGUCCCGGCAUGGCCAGGUGGUUAGGGUACUCGACUCGCAAUCUGCGGGUCGCGGAGUUCGA